UAGAAUCACAAAAAAAAGUGUGGUCAAAAUCCGUGGCACACCAACCUGAUCCUCCCCUGCAAGUCCUGCAAUCCGACCGCGCAAUGUGAGUCAUUUCAUGUCCAAUCAGUUUUUCGCCGAAAUGGAACAAAUUCACCGAGAAUUAGGUGACAUCGUCCGACAAAGAACAAUCUUCCUAUUAUCGGCAUAGUCGUAGUUAGUCAUAGCCAGCUAGAGAUAGCUCUCGUGAAGGGAUCAGUGAUGUUGCUGUCGUGGUAGGGGUAUCCACGGAGCGGACCAAACAACACUCAGUCAUCAGUGCUCUGAAGGAACUCGAAAAGAGUGGUUCGUGUCCUGUGAUCCCGGAAUUGUUUACAUGGAUAUAAAACUACGGAUCAAAUGAGUGGGAGAACAACCCAUGAUUAAAUGUGGAGGAAACAUGACGAGGAUGGGGUCAGCUUCUCAUAUUGGAGAAGUGAGAAGAUUUAGUAAAGGAAUUAGAUCGUCAAAGAAGAGCAUAUUGUAUUCGGAUUAUUACGACGAGGAUUCCAAAAAGGAUAACAAUUUAGCAAAUCAGCGUUCAAUAUCACUGGGUGCACUGCACCAAGGUGGCACCUUGGAACCUCGGAUGGCGCAACUUGAAACAUUAGAAGCCAAGAUGGCGAGUAUAGAGGUGUCAUUGUCGACGACGCCGAGGAGAAAGAAGUCUGGUAGCACAGCAAGCACGCCCGUGCCCCCGAUGCCUAUUGCCGUGCCAGCAAACAACAUCGCCAACAACCUCUUCAUCAACUCUCCAGUUGAGACGAACGGCACUAUCAUCAAUCCACCGGCUGUAAACGGCCACAAAGACAUCUCGAGGGAAUUGGACGGACUGCGGAUAGCAGCGUUUAAAGAAAAAGAAAACGUUCAUUGUUUAAAAAACGGCUGGAGUACCUUGGGAAGGCCAGUACAAAACGGGCUGAACGACAAAGAAAGAAAGGCAAUCCAGGACAAGAUGCUGAGGCUCAAAUCCGAACAGGAUUCGAAACGGCUGGCCAUCAAAAACAUCAAAAUCGCCCUGGACACCAUUGACAUAUCCGACAACAUCGACGUGAGAAUCCAGCAAGCUGAACUGGAGUAUCAACUUGGCAGGGAAGAGCUGAAUCUUUUGAGCAUUCUUGAAGAAAUAAGAAAUUUACAGGCAUGCCUCGAGGAAAACGUCGUCUCUCUGCAAACAAUAUUCAGCUACAUAGGUAAUUCAGCUGUUAGUCUGAUAGGUGUUGAACUGAUGUACGAUGCGAAAAGUCCUCAGUUUGGAGCUGGGCAAAGAGAAGAAGGUGCUCUGUAUAUAGAAUGGGCUGCUGAUGGAUCAGGACUUUGCAAAGGAGACAGGCUUUUGGAGGUCAAUGGUAAGCUAGUGGUCGGAAAAGGUAAAGAAGAUAUGUGCCGACUGCUCAGUGUGUCUCCAAGCCCGGCGCAGAUUGUUGUGAUGAGGAAGCACUCUCAACGACCCGAGCAGAUCAUGUCCCACCUCCAGGCUGAACUGUCUGUUGUAAAAGAAAAGGCUGGGGAGGCUGAAAGGACGAGGGACAGUUUUAGAAGUGAUAACCUCAGGUUAACCCAUAGGAUAUCCUAUCUCGAGGAACAGGUUGCAGAACUUCUUGAAAGGGCAAGGGAAAGUAAGGCUGCACCAAUGCCACAAGUUUUUCAGAAAGGAAAUCAAGUUGCACUUGUGGCCAACCUACCUGGACUUGAUAAAUCAGAACAACAGCUUCCAUCCCCACGCCCUAAGGCUAAUGAUGAAGUCAGGAGUACAAAAUCUGUCGAUGUUCUUAUAGAAAAGCCAAAAAGGAAAAAGGACCUUUCGCAAGAAAGGUGCACAAACUCUCUCAAUAUAGACACUGGUGUGCCUACGCGGAAGCAUAGGCAUCACCAUGAUCGUUCUACAGAUCACCUCCAUGGUGAGCAGAGGCAGAAGCACAUCAGAGAAGCAAGAUCCUCCCUUUUCGCCUUCAUGGACAAGAAGAGCUCCAAGUAUUCAGAUUUUGACUCUGAAUCAAGCUACAUACGUGAUGUUAGCAGCCACAACGACUGCAGUUCAGAGAGCUCGCUCAGAUAUUACAAAAAGCACGAUAAAAUUAGGCCAAUUCCACCCAAAAAACCAAUACGGCUGUCACUCCAUCGUGCAACGAGUCUCCAGUCCAUGGACAGUGAAAAAAAACCACUUAAACGCACCCACAAAGGAGAAGCUCCACCGAUCCCCAUGUCCAACGGACAGAUGUCAAACACGGUGAAAAGUGAUCAAAUCCUACAGUCAAAUGGGCACUGUAUAUCCAAUCAUACUUCAAACAGUCAUUCAGCUCACAUGAAUGGCCACCAUCAUCACAUAGAUGGAAAUUGGUGUUAGAUUUUUUUAAAUUAUGUGUAUAAUAAUUCUUAUAUGUAAAUAUAACUAUUCAAA